ACACCGGCUAAUCGCUGUCUCUUGCAGGUAACGUUUCGGACAAGGAUCUACCACUGUAAUAUUAACAGCCAAGGCGUCAUCUGCCUGGACAUUUUAAAAGACAACUGGAGCCCAGCAUUAACCAUUUCUAAAGUUCUCCUCUCCAUCUGCUCCCUCCUCACAGACUGCAACCCCGCUGACCCCCUGGUUGGAAGUAUUGCCACUCAGUAUAUGACUAACAGAGCAGAGCAUGACAGAAUGGCCAGACAAUGGACAAAAAGAUAUGCUACAUAAAUUGGAUUUUUGUCAAACUCUUACAUUAUUUGUCUGUGAUGGAAAGAGCUGCUUAUGAUUUUGAAGGGGUUGGGGGGAGGGAGGGUGCUGGUAAAGAGUAGGGUAUUUCUAUAACAGAUUUUAUUCAGUCUUUUAUUUCCUAAGAUUUUGUUGUUGUAACUUAAGGUAUCUUGCUACAGUAGACAGCUAGGAUUGGGAAUAGCAUAUUUUAAGACUGUAAUUAGCUCAGCAAUGUUAGCUCACAUAUAGUACCGAGAAGAAUGUAAACUUCUUAGACUUUUGGUUUUCAGUUUGCUUGCAAUAUGUAAAAGAUUAAAACAGCUUAAUUUUGUACAGGUACAUAUGUUGACAUUUAUGUAAAAGUCCUUUCAAAACUCUACACACUGUUUUUGCGUUUUGGUUUGGUUUUGGUUUUUUGUUUUGUUUGGGGAGGGGUUUAUUUUGUUCUGGGUUGGGUUUCUUUUUUUUUUUUUUUUUUUGGGUAAAAGGAUGUUGGGAUUGUUUUCCCCUAUGGAGGGCACAUCGGUAUUUAACAAAUCCUUUUUAAAGACUGUCAUCUCAUGAUCUGUGAUAUGGAGAGGGGGAUAUAUGGCCUCAUAUAUGAAAUGAGAAGUAGUUAAUGUAUUAUUUUAUAAGCCAAUCUAUCUUUGUGAAAAGAAUAAAGGGUUUAAUCAGGACUUAUGACAACCUGUAGUGAAAUACCUUAAGCUGUUUAACUGUAAGGCGUGGAAUAGGAGUCACUCAGUGGAUUGGUUGUAUGUUGUGGGCUACUUAAGUCUGCAUUUGUUACUGUGCUAAUAAAAAGAUGUU